AUGGUGAUGGGUGAGGGCGAGGGAGAUAUGGAAGGAGGGGGUGGAAAUGAUGAGUGUGUCGAAGAUGGCGACGAAGAGGUAGCAGCCAUGAUGGGUACACCUACAACAUUUUGCGGAUCUAAUAAAUGCAAGAAAAUUAGAAGGCCUCUGCCACCUCGAGAGACAUGGAAGAAGAAAAUCGAAUUCUUGUUGGCGGUAGUUGGAUUCGCUGUUGAUUUAGGCAAUGUUUGGAGAUUUCCAUACAUCUGUUAUCAAAACGGUGGAGGUGCAUUUCUUAUACCAUAUGUGGUGAUGUUGGUAUUCGGUGGAUUGCCUUUGUUUUACAUGGAAUUGGCAUUGGGACAGUUUCAUCGUUGUGGAUGUCUCACAGUAUGGAAGAAGAUUUGCCCUGCUCUUAAAGGUGUUGGAUAUGCAAUAUGUUUGAUUGAUAUGUACAUGGGUAUGUACUACAAUACUGUAAUCAGUUGGGCAGUAUAUUAUCUGUUUUCAUCAAUGAGAUCCGAAUUACCAUGGACCAGCUGCGACAAUCCAUGGAACACGUUGACUUGCAAUCCUGUUACUAACUUGUCCGGAUUAGUCAACAUGUCGACGAGUCCGGCAAAAGAAUUUUUCGAGAGGAGCGUUUUAGAACAGCAUAGAGCCGAUGGAUUGGAUAGCAUUGGAUCGAUCAAAUGGUCAUUGGCAUUGUGUUUAUUGGCCGUUUUCUUGUUGGUGUAUUUUUCCUUGUGGAAGGGCGUGAGAAGCACUGGAAUGGCCGUUUGGGUCACGUCGCUCGCUCCGUACGUUGUAUUGUUUAUGUUGCUCUUUCAAGGUAUCUCGUUACCAGGCGCCGGCGAAGGCAUACGAUAUUAUCUAACGCCGCAAUGGCAUAAACUGGUCAACACUAAGGUAUGGAUAGAUGCGGCAUCUCAAGUAUUCUUUUCUUUGGGCCCAGGGUUCGGUACUCUUCUAGCUCUGUCGAGUUACAACAAAUUCAAUAACAACUGUUACUGGGAUGCUAUUCUCACUAGCUCAAUAAACUUUCUAACUAGUUUCCUCGCCGGUUUCGUAAUAUUUACUAUGCUCGGUUAUAUGGCGCACGUUCAAAACAAGAGCAUUUCCGAAGUGGGAACCGAAGGCCCGGGUUUGGUAUUCAUCGUCUACCCAGAAGCAAUCGCCAUGAUGACUGGUUCGGUUAUGUGGGCUAUCAUAUUUUUCUUGCUACUUAUCACAUUAGGUUUGGACAGUACAUUUGGUGGUUUAGAGGCAAUCAUAACUGGUCUUUGUGAUGAAUACCCAAAUGUAUUAAAAAGACAUCGAGAAUUGUUUGUUGCUGGCUUAGUAGCAGUAAUUUAUAUACUAUCGUUACCAACUACUACAUAUGGUGGAGUUUACUUAAUUACAUUGCUGAACGUAUUUGGACCAGGGAUCGCCAUAUUGUUUGUAGUGUUUGUCGAGGCGGCAGCGGUUUGUUGGGUGUAUGGUGUAGAUCGAUUUGCAAAUGAUAUUGAAAUGAUGAUCGGACAUAGACCUGGUUUAUUUUGGAGAUUGUGUUGGUGUUACAUUAGUCCGGCAUUUUUAUUGUUGAUUUUUGUAUUCUCAAUACUGGGAUAUAAAGAUAUGAUGGCAGGUGGAAGCUAUGUUUAUCCAGAUUGGAGCAUUAACAUGGGCUGGUUGAUGACUGCGUCUUCGACCAUGUGCAUACCAGCAUACUUCAUAUAUAAAGUAUGCAAAACACCCGGGCCGUUUAUGCAGCGAAUAAAAUUGGCCAUGAGACCAGAGGACCCGGAACCGGACGACCGGAGCAUCGUAGCGGCCGCCGUACACGAUGUCGGCGGAGGCGGCGGCACGCACGUCUGACUCGAAUGGCUUGUCUGACGCGCGUACAACCGUCGGCCCGGCCCGACCGGACCGGACCGGACCGGUCAUCACCGCAACAACAUACAACAGCAAUUACACCGAAAACGCGUAACCACGGUUUGUCUGCGACCGAGUGCUCGCAAUACCACCCGGACAAACGUCGUCGCACCUGCCGUACGCAACAUUACCGAAACACACAUUCACCGAAACCAUUAGACAGGUUGGCCGAACCGUAAACCGUACCCGAUUGGCUAACCAGACCCGUCAAUAGGUCUACGGGCCGUACCAGCCGUUGCCCACCACCACCCUUUAACCACCAUGCUCACCUCCGCCUGUAUCAUGUUAUGUAAUAAUAGGUACGAGUGUACAACGAUCUCCCGUUGUAGCGUAACCCUUAUCCCUUUGCCGGGAUACACAUAUUCUGUUGUAGCGUCAACAAAUUUUUCCACCGGCCGAUUGUACUCAUCUCUGACUACGAUGAUCCUCCUACCCCUUGCAUCAUAUAUUUAGGUCUAAACUGUAUUUCACUUGAUCGACAAAAUUCUCAUCGCCAACCCAUAACUCACCGCAGCCACCCCCCACCUUAAAUUGCUAGUGCUAUUGCACCACUCGAUGACUUUUGAGGGCGUCACUGCUGCGUAUCACCAAGUUUCUGGCAACGUGAACUCUGUUCAGCCAAAGACGGAACCCGCAACGGGCCCAAGACGUUAGUGCACACUGCUGAAGACGACGUCAAUGUAUCCGAAAUAUUAUGAUUUCAACCCGAUUCGUAGUGCCGUAGCUUUCAUGUACGCUGUCCGGAGUUUUUUUUUUACUUUUCGUUUUAUACGUAACUCCCACUGGCCCUAGCCCGAGCCUUCAGCCUAUCCUCUGACCUGUCAGACGCUUGUUUCCUAUACUAGUCGUUGUAUUGUCGUUACCCAUCGGCGCGCCGAUAAAUACUGCCACCAAAGGACGCAGCGACCCGAUUGCUUUUCUGUAAUAAUAUUGUUAUAAUAAAUAAUACUAACGAAAUGGCUGCAUUGUUUGCGUACACAAGUUGUGCACGAUGCGUAUCGUACGCAUUGUAUUCCGUAUUUAUUUAGUCGCACAUAGAUAAUUAAUUAAUAAUUUCAUACUAGUAUUACGUAUAGUAAUCGUCGAAAAUUAAUGCAAUCAAACAUCGAUCCGACGUAUCCUAUCACAUAUUCGCAAUUUUGCUUGUAGCAUAUAUUAUAAUGUAAAUGUACAAUGAAUAGUUGUUAUUAUCUACUGAAUAUGAUUUCGUCGAAACGUGUGGGCGUAUAGCCCUUUUUGCGUAUCUAUAUUAUUCGUACAUAGAUUAUGUAGAGAUAGGUUUAUAAGUCAUAAUAAUUAUAAUAAUUGUCUUAUGAAACAAAAUGUUCUGAUCAAUAUGUUAUAAUAAUUUAUAUUAUUACCAUCUGAUGUGUUGUACAAACAAAUAUAAUAAUAUGUAUUGAUAUUAUAAUAUGUAAAUUGAUUUUUAUUUGUAUUUGUACCUUUUUUUAUGUUAUUAUUAUGUUUUGUACGUAAUUUAUCAAGCGUUAACUAUUAGUCAAUGAAUACCCGCCAAUGGUUCAUAAUAUGUAGUUAUUAUAUAGGUAUACUAAUAAUCGUUUAGUCCAGGUUAUAUGAUACCUGUAGGAAUUUCAAUACUAUAAUAUGUUAUUUUGAUAUUAUAAUAAGUACUUAUCGUAUUUCAGUAGCAUAAUUAUCGUUAUUUGAAAAUGUAUUUUUGUGUUGAAUAAUAUUAUGUUUUUUAGCUUAAGUACAUCGCCACUGGUGUAUGUAUGUGUGUUUAUUGUAUGUACAUUACCUGCUGCGUUUAGGCUAUACAUUUUUAUUUUUUUUUCUAUAAUAUUAUACAGUUUUAGAAUCUUUAACGCCUAAUAUGUACGUUACCGUAUAGUGAUAGCUUUCAGUGGUAUCCAAAAAUGAGUUUUUUUCAAAUUUUGUUCGUACACAUUUAAAUUAAAUUCGAACACCAUAUUAUAAUAAUUUAACAUAC